GGGGAGGAGGAAGAAGAAGAAGAAACUGGAAGAAAGUGGAAAAAGGAGCAGGAGAAGAAGAAGUGGCUAAAAAAAGAAAAACAACACGGACACUUGGCUGUCUGUGAACAAACAAGGUUACACAGUUAUCUGAGAGAUAUUUACCCAAUCCACAAUGUGAGCUGUGUAAAACCCUUCUGACACCCUGAAGCAACUGCUGAUAUGGUGGACCUGAGAAAGACCCUCAGGAGCCCCCAGCCUCACUUUUUUAUGAGAGCCUGGGGAAAAUGUUGGCACAGAUUAUGGAUUUAGGAUAUCAUCUUCCAUGAGAAUCCAUUUUCACAGCUCUUCAAUCAAGUAUCAGUGAGGAACAUGGAGAGAGAGGCAGCAGAGAGGGAGAUGGACGGCGUUACAGACACUGAUGAGGAGAUCUCUGAUGGUGAUCCCACUCAGUCUUGUCACUGGGAGGCCAGAAAGACUGAAGACGACUACAAGGAGCCGGAGGAUGAAACAGCCUAUCUCAAUUCUAACGCUCAGGACACCCCAAACCCAGCCACUCAACAAGACUCUGGCAUCGGUGAAGCAGAGUACUGUGGAUCGACAGAGGCCAAAGAGGAUACUGAGGAGGUUUCAGAUGAAUUAGAGCAUGAGAGCACCGAAAGUCAUGAGAGCUCGCAGGUUAUAAAUCAAGAGGAGGAUGAAGCUGCAAAGGAGCAGCACAUGAAUGGGGAGUCUGUUUGGAGGAGCGCGGGAGCUGGUCGGAGGUGCAAACUGAGGAGCAGUGGAUCGAUUUCAGAACAGAGCAGUCAAAGUUCAUCCAGUGCUUUUUCAUCUUCCUCCUUUCAAAAAGGCAAUGUUGUGUCAAGUGGUGGCAGGCACAAGCAGACCCGCAGACGUAACCACCAUCACCAUCAGCAGAAUCGGGGCCGGCGGCGGACGGGAAACCAGCUAGUCUUAGCUUUCAAGGAAAUGCUGUCAGGGUCUCUCAGUUUCUGGUGCAUCUCCUGCGUCCACAUGAUGAUUGAGAUUAUUGUCACAUUAACUCAUAAUUGUGGAGUCGGCGUGGAGACUGGAGGGGUGAAACUUUACACAUUUGGGCAGCAGCUCUUUGUAAAGAUCACAGAUAUACCAGGAUUGAAGGCAGACGCUGGUCGAAUUUUGAAAUGGACGAAAUGCACUGGAACAGACCUGGUGGAUAAAACUGUUAGGUCAGCCAAGUGGGCAAAGACAGCUGCCUUAUCUAGUUUCAGACUUUUCUGUGCUUUGGUAAUUCUGGGGUCCCAGUGGCUAAAGGGUGCGUUAGUCCGGCUUGGAGGAGAGAGGGGGAAACGCUAUUGGGCAGCUUUUCAGGAUUCAAGGUUUUGGAACAGGGUGGUGUUCAUGCUGGAGAAAGUCCAGAGCCGGUUCAGGAGGGUUGGCCGCACACAACCGUCCACCCCUGAGUCACCAGGCAGAGCAGGGAGAAACCAACCAGGCCAGGAGCUAGAGAGACUGCUUGCAUUGGCUGAGGUCCCAGAAGACGAGCUCGACCCCUUUACGGUGCUUGGCGUGGAGGUCCACGCGACAGAGACCGAGCUGAAGAAGGCCUACAGACAGCUGGCUGUCCAGGUCCAUCCAGACAAGAAUAAACACCCACGAGCUGGAGAAGCGUUCAAAGUACUGAGGGCUGCCUGGGAUAUUGUCAGUAACCCAGAGACACGACGAGAGUAUGAGUUGAAGCGCAUGGCAGCAACUGAGCUCUCCAAGUCCAUGAAUGAGUUUCUCACUAAACUGCAGGAUGACCUGAAGGAAGCCAUGAACACCAUGAUGUGUACCAAGUGUGAAGGCAAGCACAAGCGGUUUGAGAUGGAUCGUGAACCAGCUGAGGCCCGCUUCUGUGCUGAAUGCAACCGUUGCCAUAGUGCUGAGGAGGGGGACCUGUGGGCGGAGUCCAGCAUGUUGGGCCUACGCAUCACAUACUUUGCCUGUAUGGAUAGCAAGGUGUACGAUAUAACAGAGUGGGCUGGCUGUCAAAGAAUAGUAAUUUCUCCAGACACACACCGUGUGCCGUAUCACAUCUCCUUUGGUGCAAAGAACAACAGCAACCCCACACGAAACAGGACGCCCUCAGAGCCCGCCCCAGGUCCAACCAACCCUGCAGACCUGCAGGACUUCUUCAACCGCAUCUUCAAGGGAGGACCUCCUAAUGACAUGGCUGCCAAUGGGGGCUUCUUCCCCUCAGGUCCGCCCCCUCAUCACCCACCUGGUGCUGGAGCGCCCCCGUUCUCCCCUCCACCGAGCCAGACGGGUUUCUUCAUGCCGGGGGGUCAACGGCCAGAGUCCGGCGAAACGUGGGCUGAAAGUGGCAAACCCCCCAGAAGGAGGAAGAAGGUCCGAAAACCCUUCCAGAGGUGAAGUCCGUUGACUUCUCCGUGCGUCAACUUAGCAACACAGGGACACAAUAAAUAAUGGCCAUGUUUGUCUUUCGCCUGCCUGUUGGCAUGCCGGGAAGGCUGCGGUCAGAUCAGUCAGAGGAGAGAGAGACUGGAUCAUGAGGAGGAGCCAGUUGACUGAGUCAGAGUAUUGGAUGAGGGUUUAAGAGGUGGCAGUGACGGUGCUUUACCUCUCAGUUCACCUUAUUGUAUUGUCUGUCUUUGAGACAACUGUAGCCUUGGCAUUGAAAUCCUCAUCAGGAUGCUGUAAUAAAACGUUUUCCUUUCAUAAUUUCCUGCCAAAUCCUGCAAUGCAUGAUUUAUUCACCUGCAUUUUAUCACUUCAGUUCUUUCACUUUUGUUGUUAAUGUUUUGUGUAAGGUUAGUUUAAGACAUUGGGGUGACAGAUUUAUGGUUGACCAUAAUCAACAUGAAGACUAUAAUGAUCUGGCCAGCUUCACUGUGUCAUUGUUACUCAUGUUUAGUGGCUUGUGGAUCUGUUUCCAGAUCCAAGAAAUAAAUCCAAACCAGCCAAGCCAAACUUAACUACAUUUACAAAAACAUCAGAUUUAUUGAAAUGUGCGGCCAUUUUUAACAUUGCAGAAUCAUUUCUGUAUACAAAGCUGCACAUUUUGAAUGGCUGACACAGUUUUAUUGUUAAACUGGCCUGAGAGCUGCUUGUUUUCCCAGGAAGAUCAGUGGUGUGGUUCUCUGGUAAUAGCCGUACAGACAGCAAGAGAGGGCAAAAUGAUAUUUCUGUAUACAUACUUCAGUGGAUGUCAUACAGUCAACCUCCAGCAUUAAGAAUAGGACACAACUAGCAUUUGUUUUCCCCUCUACUUUGCAGUAAUGUAAAAUACAAUAAAUAGAUUUUUCUCUAGUGGACAAAUGUCAAAUUUGCGCUCAUGAAAAAAAAGGUUGAUUUUCAGUGUUAAGAUAUUACAGAACCUCUAAGAAUGAAGAUAUUACACACUGUUGUAAUAACUUAUCAUGUCUAUUCAUUCAGACUUGGUUAUACUAGAAUUAUAUUUGUGUUGUGAUUACCAGAGAAUCACAUCUGUACUGUGAGACACACUACAAAAGAAGUUUAUUUUUACAUGACAGGUAGAAGAAGUUUGAAUUGAACAUGUUCAUUAGUCCGGCCAGAAGUGAUGAACAUCUGGUCUCAGAAGAAGCGAUAGUGAACUUGUGAUGUAGUCGAUAUGUAAAAUCUGGACAUGAAAAUGUAACAGCAGGAAUCAGUUCAGUGGUGAUCUUUUAAUGUUGAACCCCAGUCGAGCCGCUGUGAAAAGUGACGCUUUGACAUUUUGAAAUGUUAUUUUUCUCUACCAGGGUUAAGAAGAUGCAGUAGGAUUGGCCUUUACUGCCCCCUGUUGAUUCGCUGUUUAACCUCGCAUCUGCCUUCUGAUGUUUGCUUUAUUGAAAAUGUCGCAGCUGAUUGACAGUUACAACAGCUGAGAGACACCCGAGUCUUAAAUUGAUGUAAAGAUUACAUAAAAAAUUGUUGUUGUUCAAAUAAUGAAGCAGAGUUGAACUGGAUUGAAACUGACAGUGCUGUCUUUUUUUUCUUUUUCUUUCAGCACUAUUAUUAUAUUGUUCAGACUGAGAAAAUGUAUUCUAGUUGUCUACAUUUUUACACAAUUUUAAGUAAGUCUUAAGUGUGUUCUUCAAGUGAAGUGCCAUUUUAUGUCAGCCAUGAUGUUUUUGGGCAUGUUAAGCCAAGACUUCUACACUCAAUACAAAAAAAUCUACCUUACAAAAAUGUUUUCUAAAUAGGAGUGCUUCCCCUGACCGAGUAGAGCUCAUCAAAUUUGUUUCCAGUUAUCCUGGUUAUUACACUCAAAAUUAUCUCUUUUGGCUCAUGGCUGCCUGUAUUUAAAGAAAAACUUCCACCCGGGCAGAAAUAAGCUUUCAAAAUGUCAAUAUCACACAAACAAAAAAUCGAUUUAAGGGCAAACAAUUCAACUUCAUUCUUUCCUCUGCAUUGCUGUACGUAACAACAUGAAGGAUCUCAAAACUAAUAACCGGUUAUAUAUUAGGUUUGGUUUCUUGAUGUGGUUCUUGCAUAGAAAUUACAUGUUUAUUUUUCAGCGUAGGUUAAUUUAAAAGAAGUUCUUGUUUACACCUGAUAUGUGAAUAUUGUGAGAGUGUAGUGAAACAGCAAUUCUGUGUGAUAAGGCAAAUGAUAGCAGCUAUUUUUUUAUAUUGACUUUUUUUUUUUGUUCUUUUGUGUUAAUUUGCACACCCACCCCAGUUAUAACACCAGAGGGUUCCUGAACAGUCAUCAGUGAUUUAUCCCCAACCAGACUCCUCCAGCUGCAGCUGAGUAGGAGGUGUAGCUCGCUCAGCUAACAGCUCAUUUGCAAAUCAAGUUGUUUUUUUGGUAGAAUUUGAAGUUAAAAAGGAGUGAAAGAUUUUCAAAGUCACCAUUUGAAUUGCAUGACCGGUUACCACUCUGGAGAAAGCCCAAGUAUAAGAAACAUUAUAUGGCAUUGUGAUGCAUAAUGUGGGUUUGUGUGGUAGCUUUGUUGUCCAUUUAAAACAGGAUAAUGUGUUUUCCAUGUUUCUCUUCAUGUGUCAAAUAGCUUUUUUCCCCUCCUGUAUCUAUUUGACCAUUUUCCCACACAUGAAUCAAGCAGUUGUAAAUUAAAAAUUGGAUCAAGAAUUGACUAAAUUAAAGUGAAAAUAUCCCUGCAAAGAUUAAAGGAAGAUUAAAAAGCCAUGCCAGAGCCUUGAGGGCUCCUCAGAGGGGGAAUGGAUACAUUCAGAUUGUUACUGGUGGCAGAAUAAGAUAAAUCCAGAAAGAUUACUUGGAUUAAUAAUGCUUUUUAGUACAUUUAUUAAAGAUUUGUUUUCAAUUUGUGCAAUUUUUCUUAUUACAUACUCAUUAAGGCCUUGUUCUUAACCGCAUUUUUAGACAGCUUUUGUACCAUGACAUACUGUCAAAGACUUCCUUCACUCCGUGUCUCGUAAACAGGAGCCACAGCUGUAACCACGAUAAGCAGAGCGCGUUGUUUUCCACACGUCCACCUUGACUUGAGAAUGUACAGUGCUGUGUGUUUGAAAAAGGUAGCAGUUCGAAGUCCAAGAAGUCAAUGGAAGAGCCAACACUUCAGUUGUUUGUUUUUGUGUUUUCAUUGAAAGUUUUUAACAGAAUAU